AUGUCGCAAACUAUAUCCUGUGCUGGUUGUUUGCAAUUGAUAGUUGAAAGACGAUUUCUACGCUGUAAUAUUUGUGAGCAAUACUAUGACCUGUUGUGUGCAAAUGUAUCAGAACAACGGUUCUUUAAUACGCUUACUCAGGAACAUCGAAGUCGUUGGAAGUGCCCUUUAUGUAUUAACGCUGACGUGGUUACUACUCGUCGUGGGGCGGGAGUAUCAGUAAGCCCGCCGGACGAUAACAUGGAUGUGUCCGAUAUCAUCGUUGCUGAUGAUCUUAAUAACGCUACUCAUAAUAUUUCCCUAGAUACGUCACUUACAAAAACUUUAAUUGAAGAAUUACGUCAAUUUCGAAAGGAGCUAUCUAUGACGAGAAUGAAGGUGGAGGAGUUAAACGAGACUAUGUCUCGUUUUGAAGAUAGAAUUGUUGUAUGUGAGGACCGUAUAAAUGGAAUAUCUUCCCGAAUUGAAACACUAGAAAAACGUUUAGAAGAUAAACAUUGUAGUUCGGAUGUGGAGUCUUCGCUGCUGACGACCGUGGAACAGCUAAAGAUGGAACUUAAUGAACGUGAUCAGGAUUUACUAUUGAAUGAUAUAGAAAUCUCUUGCAUUCCGGAAACAAAGGGUGAAAGCUUGCAACAUGUUGUCAUGACUGUUACACGGAAAUUAGGAGUUAGCAAGAAAUUGUUAGUGUCGCACGAGUCAGCCGGCCAGAAAACGGUGCGACCACGUCCCAUCGUGGUAAAGUUCACCCGACGAGUUAUCCGUGACCAAGUUUUGCGGGCGUCUCGUGUGCGACGUGGUGCUACAACGGAGGGCAUCAUCCCUAUUAUACCGCCACGAAGAUUUUAUGUCAAUGAAAGGUUAACCCGUGCGAACAGGCAGAUGUUUCGCAGAGCCCGAGAAGUUGCAGGACGUCUUAACUGGCGGUACGUGUGGACGAGGGAUGGUCGAGUCUAUGCACGUCAGCGUCAGGGUGGUGACUCGCCACGACACCGCUUGCGCACAGAGGCAGAUAUAUGUCGUGUUUUUGGAAUCCGAUACUGUUCGUUCUUCUAG